UGUCAUUACUUUGACUCCAGCUCGCCGCGGCCCCCGGCGCUCCGCAUACCUUUCCGGGCUAGGUCCCGUCGGCCCUCGCUGGCUGCGGUGGGUGUGCGCUGUUAACUGUAUUUAAGCACCGGCUGCUCGGUGCGUACACAUUUCGCGGAUAAAUAGUUCGACUGCAGUUUGACUGGCAACAUGGCGAACAGCAAGGAGGCACCUCGGGGCUCCAUCGAGAACCCGAUCAAGUUUAGGGAUCAAGACUUCCAGGCUCUCCUGGAAACGUGUCUGAAGUCCGGACAGCUGUUUGCUGAUCCAACCUUUCCACCUGAGCAGAAGUCCAUCGGCAUCCCGGAAGAUCCUAACCCCAAAAAGGCGAUCAAGUGGCAGCGACCCAAGGAAAUCUCUAAGAAUGCUGUGUUUGUGGAGGGCACGAUUGGAACCACUGAUAUCUGUCAGGGCCAACUGGGUAACUGUUGGCUGCUGGCUGCCCUGUCCUGUCUCACCAUGCACCCCCAACUCUUUGUGAAGGUGGUUCCAGCCAACCAAAGCAUAUCCGAGCCUUAUGCAGGGAUCUUCUAUUUUAUGUUCUGGCAGUAUGGUGAGUGGGUGGAGGUGGUUGUGGAUGACAGGCUGCCAGUAUGCGAAGGCCGUCUGCUCUUCAGCUACUCUCGCACCCGCAACGAGUAUUGGAGCGCCCUGGUGGAAAAGGCCUACGCCAAGUUAAUUGGAUGCUACGGAAGCUUGAAGGGGGGCAACAUUUCAGAGGGGAUGGAGGAUUUCACAGGAGGCAUUGCACGCUCGCUGAAGGUCACAUCUCGUACCCCUCGUGUCCUCUGGAGGGCUCUGACAGCCGCCCUGUCUCGAGGCAGUCUGCUCAGCUGCUUCAUCAAGGCCUGCAGCACCCUUGAGAUUGGUAAAGUGACAGAAAAGGGGCUGAUAAAGGGCCACGCUUACGCCAUCACCACCACCGACAAGGUGAUGAAAGCGUCAGAUGAGGUUUUGUUGUUGAAGCUGAGGAACCCUUGGGGUUUUGUCGAAUAUCGCGGACCCUGGAGUGACAAGGGUAAAGAGUGGGAUGACGUGGUCAAAGCAGAGAAGGAAAGGAUUCAGCUGCAACAGAAUGAAGAUGGAGAGUUCUGGAUCAGUACUGAGGACUUCUGCAGCCUGUUUGACGUUGUGGAGCUCUGCAGUGUGAAUCCUGACAAUCUUGAUGAGGAAAACACACCUGCCUCUACCUGGACCAUCAGUGAACAUCGAGGAUUCUGGUUACAGGGGAGCUCUGCUGGCGGAAGCCGCAAAAACAACCGAUCGUUCUGGAAGAAUCCUCAGUUCCAGUUGGUUCUAACGGAGGGGGACCACUCAGGACAGGUCAAUGAGGGGGGUGCUAAUGAGGUUUAUGAUGAGCCUGAAGGUGAGGAUGAUAACGAGGAGGAUGAAGAUGACCUGUUGAUCCCAGAGGACAAGAAGAAAGCAGAGAAACCGAAGCAGAAAGGCAGACAGUGCACCGUGCUGGUGGAGCUGCUGCAGAAGAACCGCAGGAAGGAUAAAGUCAACUUCCUCCAAAUAUCUUUCCAUAUUUACGAGGUUCCUACUGAGCUCCAGGGUGCGUGUCUGAGUCGCAACUUCUUCAUGACUACUCGCCCUGUGGGUCGCUCUGGGAAAUAUAGGGCUCAGAGGGGUGUGUGGAAGAAGCUGCUGCUGGACCCGGGGAAAUACAUCAUCGUGGCGUCCACCUAUCAACCCAACCAGCCCGGAGAGUUCUUUGUCCGCAUUUUCUCCAAGACUGGAAACACUCUGGGGACUCAGGACUUUACCUGCUCCUCUGGCUUCCUCCAGCUCAUGGCAACUCCCGUCUCCCCGGAGGAUCAAGUGAGAGUUCAGAAAACCUUUGAUGAAAAUGCUAGCCAAGAUGACAGGCUGAACGCCAAGAAGAUCAUGAAGCUGUUCAACACAGCUCUUGACAAAAAUUACCAUCUGCCACUGGAGACAUGCAGACAACUUAUCUUUGGACAGCAUACUAAAGGGCGCGCCAGUCUCAGCCGUAAACAAGCAGAAACCCUGCUGUCUACUCUGCGCCAUCUGCAGUCCAUCUUUAUCAAGUUCGAUGAGGACUCUUCUGGGACCAUGAGCUCCUUUGAACUCAGUACAGCGCUGGAAGCUAUUGGGAUGCGGUGUGAUAGCAAGGUAGUUCAGUGCUGUUCGAGGCUUUGCACUGGAGAGCUUCAUGCCUUUCACAGCUUUGUGUCAUGCACCAGGAUGCAAAAGCUUUUCGCUCUGUAUGAAUCAGAGACCAGUCAAGAAGUGAAAGACAGAGGGAUCAACCAUUGGCUGCUUCAGUUCCUGAUGCUGUGAAGAGGGUCUCCACAUUAGACCCAUUUGAGCCACAGCAUGCUGCUGAUUUUUCCAAAAAAAAGUUCAGCUUUAGUGUCGUGGAUUGAAGAAAUUAAAAAUGAAAACUCAAUUUUUUCUUCUUACUAUUAAACAUACCAUACCAUCUGCAUACCAGUUAUAUGCAGAUCAUAUCCAGCUCCAUAUGUAGGUUUUAGGUUAUGUAGUCUUCUUCAGUAUUAAAAUUAUAUUGAGAACUGGUCGGCAGAACAUUUCUGAACAGUUCGGUACCAAGCUACAGCCGAGCGUUGUUGCGGUCUGCGUCACCGCAACCUGUAGUCAACUUUCUUGAGAGGUGCGUGCCAGGCUACAGCGUAGGGUCUGUCUCUCCACGUACCCACGUACGUACCCACGGACGUACCCACGGACGUACCCACGGACGUACCCACGUACGUACCCACGGACGUACCCACGUACGUACCCACGGAGCUGAUAUAAUGCAGACACAUAAAUUAGCCUUUAGCCCUCUGAGGUCUAAGGGCAUUUUUAGAGAUCUUCUUGAAUUCUCCUACAAGGGUUUUUAUCAUACAAAUGAUUCCCAUGUGUUUUAGAAAAAAAUGUUCAGAACUAACACAGCGUUCUGUAUAGUGACUCCCAAAAUUGCUCCAGAGCAAUAUAUAAAGAAACAAUGUGGCCCUAAAACAGAAAUAUUUCUCAAAUCUCUUAUGAAAAUGGGCCUACACUCAAUUGUUUUAUUGCGUGAAAUGGGUUCACAAAAGUAUUUUGUCUUCAGAGAGUUAAGACAGAGGUUCUGGUUAUUGCUCCAAAAGAAGGUUCACACGCUCACAUGGUCAAUGUAUCGUCUUCAGCACCAUCAUUUAAUUGUUAUGCAACGGUUAUGUUACUUUAAAAAAAUAAAAAUAAAAUGAUUUCUACAGAUGUAAAAAAGUUUAAAGGUGUCCUCAUU